UUGUCAUUCUCUUGUAAAUUACACAUUUGGAACUCCUAGCUAGCUAUCUAAGUCUUUGUUUAAGAUGAUUAGUCGUAAACUGUGCUUAAUUAGGCUUGUGUACUAGAAAACCCAGGUCGAAAAUUGAAUGCAAGCAGAGGGAAGGAACCUAGUACAGGUAGAGCCAAUUGUUUGCAAAAACAGCAAACAAGUGAUGGAUUUGUUUGGUAUCCAUGUUGGAUUCAAUUCUUUUGGUUUUGGAAACCAAUUAUUACUAAAUAAUGUGGUGACCUUAAUCAUUUUCGAAAAUUAUGAGUUAAUUUCGAAUUGAAUACCAAACAACUCCUUAUAUUCCUCGCAAAUGUUGCUCGAGCCAACCCUAAAACCGAUUGUUCAUGUUUUUGUUCAUUUUGAUCCCUUGUUGCCAUUCUAGUUAACCAAAUUUGUUGCUCUUCCCACACCACAAUUUUUCUUCUAAAUUUUAGUUUUAUAUACUACAAGUGGUUAAAUAAAAGUUUAUUUACAUAAGUUAAACGCUCAAGUUCCAUCGAAAAAUACACCUAACCUACCAUACAACUACACAACUCCCCCGAAAACGUGAGUCGCCCUUUGUUGACUUUUGAUGAUUGUAAUCAAAGCGCAGAGGGAUUAGGUAUACAAAAAUCCAAAAUUAACCCAAUUUUUCUAUUAAGGCGGCUGAUCUGUUCGACAACCAAUACCUAUCUCCUGACGAGGCCACUACGCAAAGUUUGACCAUAAAAUUAGUUACAGACUUGGCCACCAAAGCCACUAACUAUAAGCACUCCUAAUUAAAUUAACGUUCCAAAUAGAACCUUAUAUUUUUUAAUGCUAAAGACAAGAAACUUAAGUAAAGAUUUAACCUGACGUUUACUUCGUCACGUUCCCCGACCUUUUUUAUCUUCUCAGUCGUCCAUUGUAGAUGACGAUGAUUCCACAUUCAUCUUCUCCUUUUUUCAACGACUUUGGAUAGUACCCUCUCUCUCUCUCUCUCUCUCUCUCCCCAUGGAAAUACACCUCUAUCCCUUCCAGAACAUCUCUUUACUCCUUGUGAUCACAACUACCAUAUGCCUUUUCCAUGUCCGAAAAUCUUCGGCUGCGGAUGACGAUCGAUACCUCAACUGUAGCACAUCGUUCCAAUGCGUAAAUUUUCGGGAUGUUCAUUACCCUUUUUGGGGAUCAAGCCGGCCAGAUUAUUGUGGCUACCCCGAUUUCAAGCUCAACUGCAGCGGAGAUGCUCCCGUGAUCUCAUUUGACGGCCAAGAUUAUCGAGUCCUCGAUAUAAAUCAAUCUACAAGUACUCUACGGGUUGCUAGAACGGACUUUUGGAACAACCUUUGUCCUGUGUCACUUGCCAAUACAACCAUAAAAUCAAGCCGUGUCAAAAAUACAUCGGAUGUUCAAGAAGUACUGCUGUUCUACAACUGUCCCCCGCUUGACAUUCCUCUUCCAAUUCAGCCCACAAGUCAAUUCAGUUGCAGCAUAAACAGUACUGCCACUUCCAAUAAUUACUUCGUCACAAAUUUAGAGUUGCCGAAUAUUAGUGGUAACUGCAAAACGACUGUCACUGCCAGCAUUUCUCAAUCCGCAGCUGCAAAUCUGGUGUUGAAUUCGUCCAAGGAUAAUCUGGUUGCUGCACUUGACUCCGGGUUUGGGUUGAAGUGGGAUGCAAGUAAUACCUUGUGUGACCAAUGUCAAGGAUCAGGGGGUCAGUGCGGGUACAAUAUAUCUUCAGCUGAAUUCACCUGCUUCUGUAAGGAUGGACAUAAUCCCUCAAACUGUGAAGGUAUGCGCCUAAACAUCUUUCCACUAUGUUUAUGA